CAGCCAGAUCCCACGAACGUUUAGAAAUGUCCGCCACAAGGUACCGACGGUUUCUAAAGCUGUGUGAAGAGUGGCCCAAACAAGGGACGAGUAAAAGUCGGGACUUGGGGUCGUUUUUGCGACAGAGGGUCGCGGCUGCCUUCAGAGAGGGAGAAAACACACAGAUCGCAAAUCCAGAAAAAUGUGACCAGAUGUAUGAGAGUUUGGCUCGGAUUAACAGCAACAUCUACAGACAACGAUUUCCUCGUGUAAAAGACACAAGUUUUACCGGCGUCACCCUGGAAGAAUGUAAAGUAUUUUUAUCAGGCAGUGUGCAACAGAUGGAUGAACAGAAAAAAGGUCUCUGGAAAUCUUUGAUGGAAAGGUUCUCCAAAGCACCUGAAGAUGUUCCAGAGAAAGCUCCGGAAAAAUAACUCUUUCCUUGUUGCAUGUGUAGAAAUUAAACUUAUUGUAAACAAC